AUCCUUCAGUCUGAUUUCUGAUUGCAAACUUUUCACUCGCAGGUAAAAGUGGCAAAGCAGCUUUCACCAUGACCCAUGCAGUCGGUCUCUUUCUUUGGCCAUAUGCGAUAGAACACUCGCAUUGCAAAGUGCAUGAGCCAUUGACGUAAAGAUAUUUUGGUAAUACAUUUUUGAAUUUUUCAAGUGUAAUAAUUAAAAAAAAAAAAAUGGAUCGUUGGAACGGAAAAAUAGCUGUUGUUACCGGUGCCUCAGGAGGAAUUGGUUUGGCUGUUUCUAAAAUAUUACUCGAGCAUGGAAUGAUCGUUGUGGGCCUUGCAAGAAGAAAAAAUAAAAUGAUUGAUGAAAUUAAAACUUGCAAAAACUCUAAAAAUUUUUAUGCUAGAGAGUGUGACAUAACAAUCGAGGAAAAUAUAAUUCAAUCUUUCGAUUAUAUUAAAAGUACGUUUGGUCAAUUAAAUAUAUUAAUAAAUAAUGCCGGUACAACGAGCAUGAAGAAAAUUGAAGACUCUUCUACGGACGAAAUCGAAAAAAUAGUUAAAGUAAAUUUGCUUGGUGUGGUAUAUUGUUCGAAAAAAGCUAUCAAGUUAAUGAGAGAGAAUUCUAUGGAAGCACACAUUUUGAACAUAAACAGUGUUUUAGGUCAUAGAGUACCUCCCCCAAUAUUUGGACAUUUCAAUAUUUAUCCAGCAACGAAAUUUGCUGUAACUGCCCUCUCUGAAUCACUUCAAUAUGAUCUACUUGAUUCAAAAAUACGUGUGACCAAUAUUAGCCCAGGUGCUGUAAAGACAGAUAUGCUGGACUAUGCAGUACAGCAUGCACCACUCAUGUCUCAAUUACCGGAACUGAGUCCAGAUGAUAUAGCUAAUUCAAUUGUAUUUGCCUUGAGUGUACCCCCACACGUUGAGAUAAGCGAGCUAACGAUUCAAGGCAAGAAAAUGGAUUUUUGA